AUGCCAAAGGCUGUGUUUGACCCCGACUUAUCGGCCCAGCUCCACAACCAGAUUCUUGAACAUGCGUGGAUUGGGGCCGGAUUGAAUCCAGCUUCUCUUCCAUCCAAGACCUGGUGGGAAGAGUCGUUCCCGAUUCCAUUCGGUCUUGCAUCUCGCCUAAAUCCGAGCCUGAUCAGAUUCCUGAGGUCGGCAAGAGCAAUCAUAUUCGACACCACUUCAGAGUUCCAUCUUUUCUAUUAUCUUAUUGCGCUAAACGACAAACACGGAUUUUUUGACCAAGCCACUUCUCUCAAAUUGUGGGGUGAUCGUUAUAUAUGGUUGUAUCCAUCGACAAGAACAAUGAGUCAGGAAGAAGCUGGCAUACUAUUUGAUAAAGAAACUGAGCUCGCUUCCUUUGUCCCAGACUGGGUUGAUCUAGUUUGGUCUGAUACGAAACGGUGGCCAUGGCUGCCAUUACAAGAUAUCCUGCAAGUUUAUAUAGAUAUGAUCAACGAGGGUAAAAUAACGACAUACUCAGAUCGUCGGAAGGAAUUGAGAGGUGCCACAGGUGGUAUAUUCGAUCAGGGAGUAUUUCCUUGGGAGAUCCACCAACAUACCCCAAUGGAUGUUGAGAAGGCUGUCGGUGCUUUUACACGUCUUCUUGACGCGAUUGAGAUUCGACUUCCAAGUACAAGCUCGAUACAUGACAGUGGCUGGGAGAAAUCAGGCUUCAAAAGAAUAGCUCUUCCAUACUCCGGAUCAGUCAUUGAAGCGUCAUUUAUUGAAGCGGAUUCAUUUGCCUCGUGCUUCCUAUCAGCUCUUCCCGUCAGACAACUCAAUUUUCGCUAUAUUGCCCCUGGCAUCCGGCUCCAAGAUCCGGUCGAGCUUGUAAACCAGCCACUUGCCGAACGCCGCUUCAAUGAACUAAUUCCAGUCCGGUUUGGUACUGCUAAACCGGAGCCUUGUUUCCCUCUACUUCUCUUCCGUGGGGAGGGGGAGAACAAGUCACCCUGGAGUCGGCCCUGGUUUCCUGACGGAAAUGCCGAGAAUAUCCCCUCUGGCUUAUACAUUGAGCCCGCUGACAAAGAUUUUCCCGCGGAGUCUGGCAACGAAAGUCGACUUCUCCUACCAUUUAGUAUUGGCAGCAAUGGUUUUGCUCGAAGUAGCAAUACUAUUCGAUUCAAACGAGACAGGCCUUCGGUACACGGGCCUGAUCAACUAUACCAGAUGGACAAUUCUUGGGGCUAUAGUUGCUAUUUUCCUCGUGACUCGCGUAGUUCAUAUCUCCACAAAGUAUUGGAGAAUUGGGCCGAAAGAGUGGAAAUGGGUGAUUGGCUAGUGGGUGAAGAAGGUAUUGUCGGUGGUAUUGAGAAAUUCAAAGAAGCCGAUACUAAAGAGCAUUGGAGGGAAUAUAUUAUCCCUUUGUGA